CCCCCCAUUCAGCCACUAGCUGUAAUGUUCCAGUGUGUUUACUACUGUAUUUAGGAUAAGGACACGGUCACGUAUAUGUUCUGAGUCCUCAACAAAAAAGUCUUGAAUUUAUUAAUUUUAAAGACACUUUUUAGGACUCCACCAUGCCGAAAAGAAAGCAACAGGGUGCUGAGGGUGAUGCAAAGGAAGAGCCUCAAAGAAGAUCUGCACGGUUAUCUGCAAGACCGGCUCCUCCAAAAUCUGAACCAAAGGCAAAAAAGCCAGCUAAGAAAGACAAAGUGGUUAAAGACAAGAAAGAGGACAAAAAGAACAAGGGGAAGGCUAGGGAGUCUACAGAGCCAGAGGCGAAUGAAGAGAAUCACUCAGAAAAUGGAGAAGCCAAGAGCAAUGCGGUCGAGGAGACUCCAGCAGAAAAUAAGGAGGAGGCAAAGUCUGAGUAGCACCACUGCCUCUAAGCAACUGUCUCUCCCUGUCCAGUUCCCUUUUUUUUCCAGGCAUCAAAAGCGCUCUCACUCAUGCUGUUGCCCCUCUCUUCAAGGCAUAUUGUUAACAGAGGAAUAUUUUUAUCAAUGAUUUUAUAAGUAUCAGUACAGAUUUUUAGCACAAACUAAAGCUGAAUGUGGCAUACCUUGCAGAUUUGCUGCAGUAAAAUUUAGUUUCUGCAAGAUGAACACACUAAAAUCCUUUUUUUAAAAUGUCAUUUUGUGAGUGUUGACAGCUUGUUUGGUCUAGUAAGUGCAUAAAUGCUUCUACAGUUUUGAGUGCUUAUCCUGUGAGUGUCACUCCACCCCCCAAUUCCACACUUUCUUUUUAUUUUCCCUUUUCUACCCUGCCCACCUGCCACUUUUCCUACCCCUAUUCUGAACUAUAUUACUAUAUAACAAGUGAUUUUAUUUUGCUGUUUUUUUAAUAGGAAAAACUUAUACAUGUGCAGUGAGUCUACUUGCUUUUGUCUCGUGUACUAGAUUUUUUUUUCACUUCAGUGUAAUUGUUCUUAGGAUGGAUGAAUACCAGGAAAAAAAAACAUCUGAAAAACAUUCCAGGGCAGAGAUAAAUGGCCUGAACUUUUUCGACCUACCCUCUAUUAGUUCAAAAACAAUAUUUUAUCAAGAGCAGCUCAUCUAAGACUAAGCUGUUAUGUGAAAUUUUCUAAAUGAUGACAAUUUUUUAGGAUGAAAUUAUAAUCUUUACUGAAGUAUGCAGGUAUUUCUGCACCCUAGCUGACUUUCUGGAUGUCUCUUAAUAAAUGAAAACCUUCAAAUUUUCCUCA